AUGAAAUUUGAAACAUAUAUAACCAAUAAUGUAUCAGCUAACGGAAGUACACGUAGUGAUAUUCCAGAGGAUGUUUUAGGUGGUCUUUAUGCUGCAGUAAAUAAAAUGAAUUGGAGAAAUCCAACUCGUAAUAUUAUUCAUAUAUGUGAUUAUCCGCCUCAUGGCUGCCGUUUUACUAAUUUGCGUGAUAAUUAUCCAGAUG